AUGGCAUUAAUGCUUGUGCUGUUCUUCCUGGCUGCUCUACUGCGCCCAUCCCUUCUCCAAGAUAGCUCUCAGGAAAACAGUCUUGAGAAACUUUCAACCACUAAAAAAUCAGUCCAAGAAGAGAUUGUAAGCCAGCACAACCAAUUGAGACAAAUGGUUUCUCCAUCUGGCAGUGACUUACUAAAAAUGGAAUGGAACUAUGAUGCUCAAGUGAAUGCUCAGCAAUGGGCAGACAAGUGUACAUUCAGUCACAGUCCUAUAGAACUCAGGACAACUAAUUUAAAAUGUAGUGAGAAUUUGUUCAUGUCAUCUUACCUUGCACCAUGGUCUUCUGUAAUCCAAGGAUGGUAUAAUGAAUACAAAGAUGUUACGUUUGGUGUGGGCCCAAAGCAAAAUGAUAGUGUGGUCGGACAUCAUACUCAGGUUGUUUGGAAUUCAAAUUUACAAGUUGCAUGUGGAGCUGCUGAAUGCCCUAAAAAUCCACUGAGAUACUUUUAUGUUUGUCAUUAUUGUCCUGUUGGCCAUUAUCCAAGCAGGCCAUACCUAGCUUACACAGCAAGAGCACCAUGUGCCAGUUGUCCUGAUCACUGUGAAGAUGGGCUGUGCACCAAGAGUUGUAAAUAUCAAGAUUUUUAUCCUAAAUGCAAAUAUCUGAUGAUGAAGCUAUCCUGUAACCAUCCACUGCUUAUACAAAGGUGCCAAGCUACAUGCCGCUGUAAAGACAAAAUUCACUAA